AUGGAUCACAUUGAAUUCAAAGUCCCUGCUGGGUGCUACACAGAAGCUUCUGUGAAGGAACUGAGAGCCUUCCUCAGCUGCACGCAUCGGAAGAUCGGCGAAGGAUCUCUUCUGUGGCGCGUGAGGCUUCAGUUGGCCGACAUGAAAGAGGAAUUUCAACGAAAGAUGAGCGACUUUGACCGAAAGAAAGCCAUGGAUAUGCGAACGCUCAGCAAGGACUUUGAGAAGAAGGUGGAGAUUGAGGCAGCGAAGCUUCGAGCGAGAACCAAGGACCAGUUGGAUUCCACGACCAAGCGGACCAUCAUGGAAAAUGAACAAAUGGUGGGCCGACAGCUGGAGGUUGUGGCAGCAGGGGCAUCUCAGCAUUGCCGGGAGCGUUGGAUUGCUGGAAGUUUUCAUCGGCUGGGUGUUGGUGCACUGCACCCGGGCCGCUCCUGCAGUGUGGCCGUGGUGGCGGCAUUUCUGAUGCAAAAGGAGAAGAUCUCCCUGGGAAAGGCCCUUCUGUCCAUCAAGGAGAAGCGUCCUGAGAUCGACUGUAGGACCAACUUUUUGGACCAGCUUCGGUCUCUGGAGGAGGAGCUUCAAGUGGUACCUGUAUGUCCCAUGACCCUGGAGGCGGCCGGCGCGCUCAAGAACGAGCUGUCUGAGGUCAAUCCUAAGGUGAUUAUGGAGAUUUCCUUCGAUGGGCAAUCCGUAGGGCGGAUCGAGUUCGAACUCUUCUGUGGCUGGGCUGAAAGGUUGAAUGACUUGAAGUUUGAAGGCUCAAGUGCAUCGAUAGCGAUGUGGACCGGCCACGGGAGUCGUGCUCGCCAACCAUGCUGGCGUAAACUGCAUGCGGCCUUCCAUGCGGGCGGGAAAUGCAUGCGGCCUACCGUGCUGGCGGUAAAUGCACGAGGACUAUCGAGCAGAAAGGCAACCUGGAUGUGGACGUUCUCGUUAAUCCUGCUGUUCCGUGUGUUCUUCUUCUCUCGCGUUUUCGUUUGUCUCGGUCGCGGAGUGGUAGCGUGCAGUGUCGCUCUGCCGACCCAACGUUUGCCGAAGCGAUUUUGCGGGGGUGGCCCGCCACCAGAAGCGAAAGAGCUCGUAGCUGCAAUCUGCUUGUCGGUUCUGCAAGACGAAAAGCGCGUCACUGCAGUGCUGAACCAAUCUUGGGUGGACACCUGGCACGGCUGGGAAGAGUUAAAGGCGGAUGGGUCGGACACUGUUGCCAGGAACGUCGCAGAGCGUUUGCUGCAGAUCGCUGGCGUCAAUAUGCCCCGAAACAUGAUGACCAAUGCAUGUCGGUUGCAGGAAUUGACUGCUCGAAGCCAAGCGCACACAACCGAAGAUGAAGGAUCGAGGCACGAAGACCGAGGCCACAGACCGCCUAGCAUGGAGUUGCAACGAGUUCAUCAGGCCUUGGACGGAUUUUUCCGGUCACGCGGCACUGGCAUCAACGUGAACACGCAAGACGCUCGCGACAUCAUGGAAGCUUGGGAUGAUGCGGAGAGAUGCUCGGUGAAACUGCAUAUGCUAUUGCAGGCGAACACAACGUACAUGGAUGCGGGCAUGCAUGCUGCGCGACGCUUGCUUGGGGAAUGGCGCGCGCACUACGCAACAUACACCCAAGGUCCCGGGCAAAGAUUAGGCGAGUCGAUGAGCGGAAAGGGCGGGAAGAAAGAAGUGGAACCGGCCGCAGAGGCGGAGGCUAUGGAGGUGGAGGAAGCUGUGGCAAGCAAUCGGCAGAAACUAUCGGAAACGGAGGUUACCGACAAGGAUGCAAGCAGCACCGGGAAGAAAGCAGCGGCCAAGAGGCCGCUGGCUGAAGGCCUGGGUUUGCCUCGGAAAAGGUUACGCGGAAAACAGCCGGCGCCCGAACAAGGUCUAGCAAGGAACGAUGUCAAAGGAGAUGAUGCAUUGGAUCACGGCCUUGCACUCGAUGAGUAUAUUUUGCGGACAUGGCACGCUACACACGGAAACCCUGACCCACGAGCCCAGGGUGACAUGGUGUUAGAGGCGUUGGGAAAACAGUUUCGGAAGAAACCCACGUUGCCCCAUUGGAUGGCUAUAGCAACACGAGAUGCGGCUUUCGAUUUGCCGGAUUACAUUUGUUCUUUCGAAGGGUGUAAUUUUGAGUCGGAGCUAGCGGAAGCGUUUGAAGAACAUGUUUGUCAAGAGCAUCGCCGGGCACUGGAACCUUUGGCAUCCAAACCAGCAACCAAGGGCGAUCGCAUACAAUGGAAACAAUUGGCGGGGAAGUCGCAUUUUCUUGGCCUGUCUUUGGAAGAAACAAAACGAUGGCUGAGUUUAGACACGUAUUGGAGCACCUAUGCCAUGCAAUACGGGAGAACAGUCCGAGAACGCUUGCGCGCCGAGUUGCAAGAUUG